AUGCAAUCGCGUUUUGCGCAGAUGUCAGAUGCCAUCAUCGGAAGAAUUGAUGAAAUGGGAUCACGGAUCGAUGAGUUGGAGAAGUCGAUCGGAGACCUCGUGGACCAGACGAAUGAAGGAGGCGGUGAAAAGAGUCAAGAGCCAUCAACCAGUGAUACAGCAACAGCUAAAGAUAAAAUUGAAAGUGUUUGA